UUUUCUGCGUAUAAAUAUAGUCGACAAGUGUUUAACAUUGACUGAGUAAGUGACAGCAAAAUGAUGCUUGGUGUGAUAAAACAGGCAGUGCCAGUGACUCUAUGUAACAUAAGUCAGUGAAAUUGGACGCAUGUUAGCGGAAUUUCUAAAUUAAUAAUACUGAAGAUGUUAAAAAUAAAAUAGCACGAAUUUAAACUGUAACGUUUUAUAAAAGUGCGCCUAAAAAUAAAGCAAAAACAAUUGUGUGUUUUAUGGUUUUGUGAAAAUGUAUCUUGCAGUGUGGUGCCCUCGUGUGGUAGCUCGAAAUAUGAUCAGGACCGCAAGAGUUUCAACAUGGCUCCUUAGCAACCAGACGCUCCUGCCUGGACACAGACUGAUUGCCUAACGUUACUGAACUCAGAUGGGCCACAUAGUUUGUGUUUGAGCAGAAGUACGCCGGUAUCAUGUAAUUCGCCGUGGAAAAUUGUGUUAAUUUUGUCUGCCAUGCAAGGGUUAAUUUAAAAUAUUAAUGUAUCUUAUUACUGCCAUUCAUGGCACUUAACUGGCGUGAGCGAACAGUUCCAACAUCUGCGCCUAUCGUUAGCUAGCUAGCUGGUAAGUUAGCAUGAAUGUGUGGCGACAUUCAGUGUGUGUGUUACCGGACUAACCUCAGCUAUCUGUUGCCAUACUUACCCUCUCUGGCAGCAUAUAUUCAUUACAGACAAAUUAAAUACUUUGCUUAGCGUUUUCUUAGCUGCAGUACAUUUCAAGGCAGAAAAGUUAUGAUGCAGAGUGAGAAACAAAAACACCGAGGUGAUGAGGAGGUGGUCAAAGAACUGUGCAUGGCCAAUGGAGUGUCCUAUGAAAAAAUUGCACAAGAAGGAAGCAAUGUCAGCUCCCUGGAGAUCUUCUUCUCUGGUUUUCCCCGCAUGGUUGGGCUUUCCUUCUUCCCAGGGCUCUGCCAGCUUACCAUAGUGGGACAGAAUAUAAAACACAUUGAAGGACUUGAGUGCUGUCCUCUGCUUCGGGAGCUCUGGGUAGUCCAGUGCCAUCUGACAGGAAUAUCAGGACUACAGAAUUGUUCCCAACUAGAGAAACUCCACCUUUAUGAUAAUCAGAUCUGUGAAAUAAAGAAUUUAGAAUUGCUGAUCAACCUAGAAGUCUUGUGGCUCAACAACAACUGCAUAACUCAGAUACAGGGCUUGAACACGCUUCAAAAUCUCAAAGAACUCAACCUUGCUGACAACAAUAUUGAAAAGAUUGGGUAUAGCCUUGAUCCUAAUGUCAGCCUUCAGAAUCUUAAUCUGUCUGGGAACAAGAUCAACUCUUUUAAGGAGCUGACUUUGCUCGCCCGCUUACCCUAUCUGAGAGAACUGGCACUGAAGGACCCCACCUCAACCCCAAACCCAGUGUGUCUGCUGUGUAACUACGCCACACAUAUUCUUUACCACAUGCCAGGCCUCCAGCGACUUGACACCUAUGACGUCUCGAGCAAGCAAGUCAAGGAAGCAGCUGAGUCCACAGUAAUGAAGAAAAUGAUGUACUACAACAUGCGUGUACACACUGCUAAGAGGAACCUGGCAGAGAUCCGGCUCAGUCUGAUAGAGAGGAAGAGAACUAUGUUACAGUUACCUGAAGAAUGCAUCAAAACUCUCAAUCAUGCCCUCAAAAGUCUUGAACGUGAGCUCUCCAAGGUGCCGGCUAGUUGUAAGAAGUCUGCCUGCACGUUGGAGGACGAAUCGACCCACCUGGUUGAAGGUUCAGCCGACAGAAGUGACCCGACCACUGACAUCAGUCGCGAUCCCGCCAUGGAGCACAAAAUACUCAGCAAGAUUGAAGCACUGAGGGAGAGACUGGUGCAAUGGACAAGGAGGCUGAAUGAGAUUGAAGCUUGGUAUGUGCAGGAAUUGAUGCAAGCCACUAACACGAUAGAAUAUACUGUCAAGUUUCUGUUGAUGGAGCUAGAAAGUGUUGGAAAUAUUCGUUUGGAAGAAGGCUGCUCCACAGACCCUUGGUUUACUUCCUGUUGCGACCUCCUGCAUUCCCGCUUCUCUCAAUCAGACUUUAAGGUUCACAGCAUCGCUGGGAUUAAGGUCAACAGAGUUGUCCGCAUCCACAACAGUGCUUUGAGGCUUCGCUUUGAGGACAAACUUCACACCCUUCAAACCAGCGAAGAGUCUGCUAUGUCUUCACACAGGAAUUACAGACGUCGACUGGAGCACUUGUUCUACAUAGCUGACCCUGAAAAAAAUAGGGAGGAAGAUAUUUUGUGCAUUCUAGAGGAAGGCUUCAAAACAACUGAACAGUAUAAGGCCUCGGAAAGAGAGGGUGCGAUACCUUUAUCCAAUAGCCUGAGUGUGACUGAACAGCCCAGAAUUGAACACACACUGUGCCAGGUCAGCCAAGGUGAUUCCAAGCACAGUAUGGACACAAUCCCUUUCAGGCACGGUCAGAUUAUUGUUUCCAAAGUGUUUGUGGGACACAGCACUCCCAUCCGAGAGGGAGACCAGUUGGACAGAAGCAGAUAUCCCAGAGCCUACUCUGUAUAUCGCAAUGUGGACACUAAGCACAGAACUGCAAUAAGUGAAGAGAGACCGCAUUCCACAAAAAUACACACUGGUCCUGAGUGCACUCCCAGAAGAAGACAGUGGUUUGUGUUUGACCAUGAGCUUGUCCUACCUGAGUACAUCAUUUAUUUUGAAUACAUCACAAGGGAUAAAGAGCAACCACACAGCACAGGCAGAGAUGGUACUCCGUCCAAUGAUAUCAUCCUAGACAGAGAAGUCCUCAACAUGGAACCUGUGCUGAAACCACAGCCCAAGUUGUUGAGCUUGGAUGACAAAAUUCUGCUUAAUGUGGCCAGAGCCAAUGUCCUCAGUCAAAUCACUGUGCUGAACCUUCAUGGCAACAGUCUGAGUAAAAUAAAGGAGGUUUCCCGCCUCACAGGUCUGCGGCAUCUUACCAUCAGCUUCAAUGAGUUCACACACCUGGAUGACAUUUCUCACAUGCCGAACCUUGAGUUUUUGGAUGCUAGCUAUAAUCGCCUAGUGACCCUAGAGGGGCUGAGGAGGUUGGGACAGCUCAAACAGCUCGACCUGCGCUGGAACAAGUUAACCAAUGCCAGAGAGGAUACGGCUGUGCUGAGAAAACACACACCUGCUCUGCUGAAGCUUGACACCCGGUACAAUCCCUGGAACAGGUCCAAAGCAGUCAGAAUGACCAUACUGGGCCAUCUAACUACUCUCACACACCUGGACAAUGUAAUGGUAGCAGAGGAGGAGGCUGCUUACGCUGUUCAGAUGGCUGCUGGAUCUAAAAUUAACCAGGCUUCUCUUCAGGCUUGCUCGCGUACCGAGAGUGAGCGACCUCGCAGUCUCAGCCUGCUGUCAACAGCCCAGCUCCUAUGUCUUCUCAGCCCUGCACCCUGGGCCCUCUACCGAGAGCUGGAGCUAGACUGGACUGCAAAGAUCACUGCCCUGAACCUUGACAGCCAGAGGAUUUCCAAACUGAUCAAUCUGAAUAAGCUGGUCAACCUUCGCUGGGCUUCCUUUAAUGAUAAUGACAUUUCUAAAGUGGAGGGUCUUGACAGCUGCUUGCAGCUGGAGGAGCUUUCCCUCAAUAACAACAGCAUAAGCACACUCAAUGGCCUAUCAAAACUGCAUUGCCUUAAUAAACUGAGUGUAAAUUGGAAUCAGUUGUCUAGUCUGGACGCCUCAGUCCUCGAUCAGCUGCCCAACCUGACCUUUCUGUCUAUGGAAAACAACUGUAUCACUUCCCUGCAUGGCAUCCAAAGAGUUCGCUCCCUUCUUGAGCUCUACAUCGGCAGCAACCAAAUUUCUACCUCACGAGACAUCUACUAUCUGAAGGGAUUGACAAACCUCAUUAUUCUGGAUCUUUAUGGGAAUCCUUUAGUGGAGAAACUGGAAAACUAUCGGAUUUAUGUCGUGUUCCACCUACCCUCCCUAAAAGCUCUGGAUGGCAUUGCAGUGGAGGUAACUGAAUGUGAAAGUGCAAAGGAUAUGUUUGGAGGAAGACUAACACCUGACAUGGUAGCAGAGAAGCUCGGCCACUCAAACUACACAGACAUCACCUACCUCACUCUGCAGUCCUGCUCCAUUAGGAUGGUUGACCUGUCUCCAGCAGACCUGUUCUGUAGCCUGCGCAGUGUCAACUUAGACCACAACAACCUCACCUCUUUCUCAGGCCUCAUUUAUCUGCCCAACAUCAAAGCUCUGUGUCUGAACUACAACCACAUUGAAUCCAUCCUGCCCAGACAGAAGACACAGGCUCCUCUGACAAAUAGACAGAUACUUUACAGCAAGGUUCACUCCAGUGGUUACGGCCAACAGAGCCCGUCCAAAGGCAAAGGGGAAACUGGGCCCACUGGCAGUCUGGAGCCACUGAUGGGCAGCCUGGAGGUGCUGCAUUUGAGUCACAAUGGCAUCUCCAAUAUGACCAAUCUGCAGCUCAGCAGGCUCACCAAUCUUAAAGCACUCUUCCUUCAAGGUAAUGAGAUCAGCCAGGUGGAAGGAUUGGAGGGGCUUCACCAGCUCAGAGAGCUUGUGUUAGACAGGAACCGGAUCAAAGCUCUGGCCGAUAACUCUUUCAUAGCCCAGAAUGUCCUGCUAGAACUGCACCUAGCAGAAAACCGGAUCCGGGAGCUCAACUAUCUAGAUCCUUUGACUGAGCUCCGCAAGCUCUUUCUUGGAAUGAACAAGCUGCAGGACAUCACAGAGCUUGACAAACUAGAAGUUCUUCCUUCACUGACAGAGCUCUCUGUAAUUGGCAAUCCUGUGGCCAAAAAUUCUCUCCACAGGCAAGCAGUAGUGCUCCGUCUGUCCCAGUUACAGGUCCUGGACGGAGUGAUGGUCACCUUGGAGGAGAGGACCAGGGCUGAACUCCUCACUGCUGAUCCAUCACCAUGCUCCCAAUGCCCUGGAUCUUCUCUUCCUACCACUGAAAUAAACCUACCGGGACUGCUACCCCUCAUGCCUCGAAACACCCCACUAAGAGGAAUGACUAUGAGUGGAGGACUACAUAGCUUUUUGCAUGGGCAUGAUAUCCUGCCAAGUAGCGUGGACGAGGCCCAAUCUCAUUACACUUACAAGUACAAGAAGCACAAGCCUGGAAAUGCUGUUCGUAGCGGCCACGCUGACAUUCCCUUUAGACACAUUCGAAGAACAGGAAGCAACCUGCCAACCACAGGUCUCCUUCAUGAUGGGAACAGAGUCAUCAUCACGUAUCCCAGCCAGGAGCAAGACAGCAGAUUUCCAAAUGGUGGCAAACCUCCACCCAUGUAGCAGUAGAAGAGAUGGAGCAUACACUGGUGAAAGGAUGAGAGGUUUUGGUGUCAUUUCUGCUGCUAUCCCAUCCUUGGCCCCAAACAAGUGAAAAAACACCCACAGAUGUAAGAGCGUGUGUGACUGGCAUGCUGCUUCCAUGGGGUCAAAUGCAUCCCCAACAAGUGGAUAAUCCAUAUUUAGCACACCUCUCUCUGGACAAUAAUCUGCAGUCACUCAGAUAAAAAUGUAAUCUUGAAUAAGGUCCAAAAUGGAUUUCAGAGAUUGUCAGUUUCAUCAUGUUAGCCUCUUUUCGAAAAGCCCACCACAGUUUUGACUAAUAGGCAAAUCUCGUGUGUAACUGGAAAUGAAUCUACUCUACUUGAUAUUUAUGAUGUCAGUUCUGCUGAACAUGUGAUUAUAAUCCUUCCUGUCUUCCUGUCAGUUUAGUCUAGUAGUCCUGUAGUUAACAAAAACAGCAGUCUGAGCCUUAAAUGAGGAGGAUACAGCCUAUAUUAUGUGAUCUAAAACAUUUUAAUUCUGGGAACUCUAAAGACAAGGCAAACUAAUAAUUGUAUGAUUAAAAACCUGUGUGAAAAGAUUUAGAUAGGGCAUCUGUUUCCAUCAAACAACCUCGACAUAAAUGUUAUAGCAGAGAAAGAACACCUUGCUCACCGUCAUUGUGCAGACCUUUUGUUAUCUUUCUCAACAUCUUCUUGUAAAGUUAAAUUUUUUUUUUUAUUGAACUUGAGACCUGUACUUUUUUAUAAUACAUAACCCUUAAAAAACACAACAAACAUAAUUAAAUUGGGACCAAGGUUUGGGAAAUAUAUGCCGAAAUUGUAAACAACAGAAAAGAGUUAAUUUUUACCAAGAUCACCCUUCUCAAAGGACAUUACUUUAAAACCAUUGAUGCCAGAAGCAGCAACAUUUUCUGUCAUGUUUCUUCCACCAUCCUGAACUCUGGGCUUUAUGGAGCAGUGGUGGUAAUGUCACCACUAGGUGUCCUUAGAGCUCCAUUAGCUCCCCCUGUACGACACCACUAAUCCGUCCUCAAUGAAUUUACCAUUUGCCCUGUAAGGAGUAGUUUAUCAGUCGAAGGCGGAUACCAUACAUGUGUGGAUGCUUUAGUUUUGUGUUCCCUGCCUGUGUGGCCUUUGCUGAACAUGUGAGGCAACAGCAAGCUCUAGGCAGCAAAAGUGAAAAGCUCUCCCCAAACAAGCUCCUCUAAUGCAUGUACUUAACUUCACUUAAUUUGAGUUAAUUCCCAGCAUUAAGCGGGGCUAAUGACUGUGCAAGUGAGUGCACUGUCAUUACCUUGCUCUGUCUGACAUCAAAUGGCUGCUGAUGGACUCACAUUAAAAAAGAAAAAAAAACUCUAAUGCACAGAUUUGGGGGCUCAGUAAGAGCUCACUUGCAAAGGAUAAUUACACAUUUUAUAUUUGUGUACAGUAUGUGUAAUAUGGAUAUGUUAGAAAUAUAACUGUUUUAAUGCAAUUGUAUGUCUGUGUAUAGUGUUUAUAGUGAGCAUAACACUUCAUACAGUAUGUUGAAGUUUGCAUAUCUGUCAGUAUUUUUAACGUUAAAAUGACAUUAGCAUAAAGAUUGUGAAUAAUUCAUCAGUCCUGAGUGAACCCAGAUGCACUGCUCUCUCGGUCUAUCUCUCUCCCUCUCUUCGCUCCUCCAUGUGAGUAGACCACAUGGUUUGUAGCUGGUUUAAUGGGAUGGAAUGUGACAGGUUAUGUUUUCAUCUGCCUGAUAUGGAGCCUGGCUCAGGCGGGAGGGGGGGGGGAAGAGGGGAAAGUGAGUUGGUCUCUACAGUUGUAGUCCGGAUUCAUAAUUAGACAUGUUUGUGCUUGUCGUGAAUCAGUUAUAGAUGAUGCUCUUUCUCCCAUCCCCACUAACACACACACACACACACGGAAAAACACAUGCUCUGUAUGGGGCCAUUACUUCUGGUCCACUAACUCUCUACAUUUGCUGUGUCUGUGCAUUCAGAGCACCAUUAGUCCAAGACUCUGUGAAUAAUUGCUGAAUGGACCAUGUUUUCACUGCUAUCAGGUUCCAGUGUUGGUUGAUGUUGUGAGUGAAGUGAGAGGGAUGAGGACAUUUAUUGAUGUUUGAUGCUGAAAAUAAUGCUGCAUCUUGUGCAAUGCUCAUUGAAGUAUUAUGCGCCGAAUGUGUAAUGGAUAAACAACAUUAAACUCCACGUGCAUUACUUAUUUACCAGCUCUUAUUAACUUAAGAAGUGCUUUGGUAAAGGUUACAAUUACAUCAACAUCGCCACUUGACUUGGAAUUGCUGUUGAAAAAAACAUUUCUUCACAUUUGGCUGCUGAUGGCGAACAAAUUCAGAUAAUGAAAAUAUAAAUUAUUUUGUUUUCAAAAGGUGCAUAUUAUGUCCCAGAGUUAAUUUUUCAUCCCUACAAAUACGUCAUCUAUUCAAAAACAAUCUUGCUAUAUUGCUUCUCUUGAAAUCUGUCAUUAAGUUAUUGUUGUUGUUUGUCAUUUUCCUGUAAUUUGUUUCCUGUGAGGCUCCCUAAAAUAAAGAAUGAAUGGAGAGCGAGGAAAUACAGAUAAAAGAAUGUAGCGAGAGUGACAAUUAGAAUGAAAAGGAAAAAUGCUUUUAUUUUGUGUAGAUAUUUUGCGUGAAAGCCCGCUUCACAUAAGCAUUAAAUCUUAACUGCUUUUCAUUUCUGGACUUGCCUUCACAUAAGCAUUAAAUCUUAACUGCUUUUCA